GCUGCAGGACUUGGAGCGGGAUGAGGAGAACCUGGGAGAGAAGGAGAGCGUCCAGGAGAAGCUGAGCCUCAUCCACGGCUUCCUGCAGGCCGAGGUGCAGCUGCAGCUCAGCGAGCUCGAGGCCAAACUGCGCCGCGAGGAGCUCUCCGAGGAGCGUUACCUGGCCAAGGUGAAGGCGCUGCUGCACCAGGAGCUCUCGGCCCCCAAUGGCUCCGGGGCUCCCAACCCCAACGGGUGCCCCGGGAACGGCGCCUACGGCAGCGACGAGGACGAGGACGGGGCCAUGGAGCUCGAGGAGGGGGUGGCAGCGUCCUCGUCCCCGUCCUGCUCCGGCCCCGCCGGGCGGGCGCGGAAAUCCCGCAGGAGCCGCUCCAAUGGAGAUGCCAAAAAGUCUCCGGCCAGCUCCCGCGUCACCCGCAGCUCCGGCCGGCAGCCGACCAUCCUCAGCCUCCUGUCCAAAGGAUCCAACAAGCGGAAAUCGGAGGAGGUCAACGGGGAGGUGAAGCCGGAGCUGAUGAACGUCGAGAAGGAGGAGGAGGAGCUGGAGGAGAAGGAUCAAGAUGAGAAAAGGAUGAAAAUGGAAACCAAAGAUGGAUCUCCGGCCAGCUCCCGCGUCACCCGCAGCUCCGGCCGGCAGCCGACCAUCCUCAGCCUCCUGUCCAAAGGAUCCAACAAGCGGAAAUCGGAGGAGGUCAACGGGGAGGUGAAGCCGGAGCUGAUGAACGUCGAGAAGGAGGAGGAGGAGCUGGAGGAGAAGGAUCAAGAUGAGAAAAGGAUGAAAAUGGAAACCAAAGAUGGGUCGGAAAUUAAAGACGAAAUCCCUCAGGUUAAAAUCACUGCUCCCGCUAAAACCACCCCCCCAAAAUGCCUCGACUGCCGGCAGUACCUGGACGACCCCGACCUCAAAUUCUUCCAAGGGGACCCUGACGACGCCCUGGAGGAGCCGGAGAUGCUGACGGACGAGCGCUUGUCCAUCUUCGACGCCAACGAGGACGGCUUCGAGAGCUACGAGGACCUCCCCCAGCACAAAGUCACCUCCUUCAGCGUUUAUGACAAGAGGGGACACCUCUGUCCCUUCGACACCGGCCUCAUCGAGAGGAACAUCGAGCUCUACUUCAGCGGCGUCGUCAAACCCAUCUACGAUGACAACCCCUGCCUGGACGGUGGGGUGAGAGCCAAGAAGUUGGGGCCCAUCAAUGCCUGGUGGAUCACGGGCUUCGACGGCGGGGAGAAGGCGCUGAUCGGCUUCAGCACAGCCUUUGCCGACUACAUCCUGAUGGAGCCGAGCGAGGAGUACGCGCCCACCUUCGCGCUGAUGCAGGAGAAGAUCUACAUGAGCAAGAUCGUGGUGGAGUUCCUGCAGAACAACCGCCACGUCAGCUACGAGGACCUGCUCAACAAGAUCGAGACCACGGUGCCGCCGGCGGGGCUCAACUUCAACCGUUUCACGGAGGACUCGCUGCUGCGCCACGCCCAGUUCGUGGUGGAGCAGGUGGAGAGCUACGACGAGGCCGGCGACAGCGACGAGCCCCCGGUGCUCAUCACGCCCUGCAUGAGGGACCUCAUCAAGCUGGCCGGGGUCACCCUGGGCAAGAGGCGAGCCGUGCGGCGCCAGGCCAUCCGCCACCCCACGCGCAUCGACAAGGACAAGGGUCCCACCAAGGCCACCACCACCAAGCUGGUGUACCUCAUCUUCGACACCUUCUUCUCGGAGCAGAUCGAGAAGGACGAGCGCGAGGAGGACAAGGAGAACGCCACCAAGCGCCGGCGCUGCGGCGUCUGCGAGGUGUGCCAGCAGCCCGAGUGUGGCAAGUGCAAGGCGUGCCAGAACAUGGUCAAGUUCGGGGGCAGCGGCCGCAGCAAGCAGGCGUGUCUGCAGAGGAGGUGUCCCAACCUGGCGGUGCGGGAGGCGGAUGAGGAUGAGGAGGUCGAUGACAACAUCCCCGAGAUGCCCUCGCCCAAGAAGAUGCUGCAGGGCCGCAAGAAGAAGCAGAACAAGAGCCGGAUCUCCUGGGUCGGGGAGCCCAUCAAGAGUGACGGCAAGAAGGAUUAUUACCAACGAGUCUGCAUCGACUCCGAGACGCUGGAGGUGGGCGACUGCGUGUCCGUGAGCCCCGACGACCCCACCAAGCCCCUCUACCUGGCCAGGGUGACGGCCAUGUGGGAGGACAGCAGUGGCCAGAUGUUCCACGCCCACUGGUUCUGCCCGGGCUCGGACACCGUCCUGGGGGCCACCUCGGACCCUCUGGAGCUGUUCCUGGUGGACGAGUGCGAGGACAUGCAGCUGUCCUACAUCCACGGCAAGGUCAACGUCAUCUACAAGGCGCCCUCGGACAACUGGGCCAUGGAGGGCGGGCUGGACACGGAGAUCAAGAUGGUGGAAGACGAUGGGAGGACCUACUUCUACCAGAUGUGGUACGACCAGGAGUACGCGCGCUUCGAGAGCCCGCCCGACGCGCAGCCCACCGAGGACAACAAGUACAAGUUCUGCUUGAGCUGCGCACGCCUGGACGAGGUGAGGCACAAGGAGAUCCCCAAGGUGGCCGAGCCGCUGGAGGAGGCCGAUGGCAAGAUGUUCUACGCCGUGGCCACCAAGAACGGCGUCCAGUACCGGGUGGGGGACGGCGUCUACCUGCUGCCAGACGCCUUCUCCUUCAGCGUGAAGCCGGCCAGCCCGGCCAAGAGGCCCAAGAAGGAGGCGGUGGACGAGGAGCUGCACCCCGAGCACUACCGGAAGUACUCGGAGUACAUCAAGGGCAGCAACCUGGACGCGCCCGACCCGUUCCGCGUGGGCCGCAUCAAGAGCAUCUUCUGCAGCCUGCGCGGCAACGGCAAACCCAACGAGGCCGACAUCAAACUCUGCAUCUACAAGUUCUACAGGCCUGAGAACACCCACAAGUCCACCAAGGCGAGCUACCACGCCGACAUCAACCUCCUCUACUGGAGCGACGAGGAGGCCACCGUGGAGUUCCGGGCGGUCCAGGGCCGCUGCUCCGUGGUCUACGGCGAGGACCUGACCGAGAGCAUCCAGGACUACUCGGCCGGCGGCCUGGACCGCUUCUACUUCCUGGAGGCUUACAACGCCAAAACCAAGAGCUUUGAGGAUCCUCCCAACCACGCCCGGAGCUCUGGGAACAAAGGGAAGGGGAAGGGGAAAGGGAAAGGUGAGGCUGGAAAAGGUGGAAAAAGGUGCCAAUCUCUGCCCAUUCCCAGUGCCCAUCUCUGCCCAUUCCCAGUGCCCAUCCCUGCCCAUUCCGGAUGCCCAUCCCUGGCCAUUCCCAGUGCCCAUCCCUGCCCACUCCCACCCACCUCUGCCCAUCCCUCAGGAGUCUCGGAGACGCUCUGGGCCAUCGAGAUGUGGGAGCCGGCGGCGCAGGCGUUCCGGCUCAACAACCCCGGCACCACGGUGUUCACCGAGGACUGCAACGUCCUCCUCAAGCUGGUCAUGGCCGGCGAGAAAACCAAUUCCUUGGGCCAGAAGCUGCCCCAGAAGGGAGACGUGGAGAUGCUCUGUGGUGGCCCCCCGUGCCAGGGCUUCAGCGGCAUGAACCGCUUCAACUCCCGCACCUACUCCAAGUUCAAGAACUCCCUGGUGGUCUCCUUCCUCAGUUACUGCGAUUAUUACCGGCCGCGCUUCUUCCUGCUGGAGAACGUCCGGAAUUUCGUGUCCUUCAAGAGGUCCAUGGUGCUCAAGCUGACCCUGCGCUGCCUGGUGCGCAUGGGCUACCAGUGCACCUUCGGGGUGCUCCAGGCCGGGCAGUACGGCGUGGCGCAGACGCGGCGCCGCGCCAUCGUGCUGGCGGCGGCGCCGGGCGAGAAGCUGCCCAUGUUCCCCGAGCCCCUGCACGUGUUCGCCCCCCGCGCCUGCCAGCUCAGCGUCGUGGUGGACGACAAGAAGUUCGUCAGCAACAUCACCCGGCCCAACGCCCCCCACCGUCCCCCGCGGCGCCCCGCCGGGCCCGCGGUGACGCCGGGCCGGCCGCGGCAGGACAUGAGCGCGCUGGUGGCGGCGCGGAUGCGGCACAUCCCGCUGGCGCCCGGCUCCGACUGGCGGGACCUGCCCAACAUCGAGGUGCGGCUCUCGGACGGCACCACCACCCGCAAGCUGCGCUACACCCACCACGAGCGCAAGAACGGCCGCAGCAGCUCCGGCGCCCUGCGCGGCGUCUGCUCCUGCGCCGAAGGGAAGCCGUGCGACCCGGCCGACCGGCAGUUCAACACGCUGAUCCCGUGGUGCCUCCCGCACACCGGCAACCGGCACAACCACUGGGCCGGGCUCUACGGGCGCCUGGAGUGGGACGGCUUCUUCAGCACCACCGUCACCAACCCCGAGCCCAUGGGCAAGCAGGGCCGGGUGCUGCACCCCGAGCAGCACCGCGUGGUCAGCGUGCGGGAGUGCGCGCGCUCCCAGGGCUUCCCCGACACCUUCCGGCUCUUCGGCAACAUCCUGGACAAGCACCGCCAGGUGGGUGGCACCGCUGGCCCCGCUGUCCCCAGUGUCCCCUUCUCAGUGUCCCCUUCUCCAGUGUCCAAUGGUCCUCUUGUCCCAUUGUCCUUUGGCCGGGUGCUGCACCCCGAGCAGCACCGCGUGGUCAGCGUGCGGGAGUGCGCGCGCUCCCAGGGCUUCCCCGACACCUUCCGGCUCUUCGGCAACAUCCUGGACAAGCACCGCCAG